AUGGCAUUAAGCAGGGUCUUUAUCUUUGUUGUCCUUUUCUGUUCUUCUCAAAUUCGCAAUGUGGUCUCCGCUGAUUACCAAAUGGCGCUCAAAAAAUCUUUGUUGUUUUUCGAGGGUCAACGUUCAGGGAAGUUGCCUCCCAAUCAGAGGGUAAACUGGCGAGGAGAUUCAGGGCUCACCGAUGGCCAUGAUGCUAAUAUUGACCUAACGGGUGGGUACUACGAUGCUGGGGACAACCUGAAGCUAGGGUUUCCAUUGGCGUUUACGAUAACGAUGCUUGCAUGGAGCACAAUAGAGUUCAAGGAUGAACUGGCACGGCAAUCAGAGCUAUCAAAUGCACUGAAUGCCAUAAAAUGGGGAACAGAUUAUUUGAUGAAAGCACACCCAGAAGCUAACGUAUUGUAUGGUGAAAUUGGUGACCCUGAUUCAGACCAUUCGUGUUGGGAAAGGCCAGAGGACAUGGCAACGCCGCGCAACUCCUAUCGGAUCGACGAUGAGCAUCCAGGCUCUGAUCUUGCUGCUGAAACUGCCGCUGCUUUGGCUGCUUCUUCCAUAGCUUUUCGAUCUGUUCACAAACCAUAUGCAUCCCAAUUGCUACGACAUGCAAUUCAAUUGUUUGACUUCGCACGCAAUCAUCAAGGCGUGUAUUCAAAUAGCAUCCCACAAGCACAGAAAAUAUAUUCCAGCAGUGGAUAUCAGGACGAAUUGCUAUGGGCAGCAGCUUGGCUUCAUCGUGCGAGCGAGAGGGAGACAUACCUUGAUUACUUGCAAGAAUCGAACAACCCUGGCGGUGUCAGAACAGUGUUUAGUUGGGAUGACAAGUACGUGGGUGCGCAUGUUCUUGCCGCAAAGCUUGUUUUGGAAGGAAGAGUGAAGGCCUCGGGGAUCUGGGAUCAGUACAAGGCAGAGGCUGAGAAAUUCAUAUGCUCCUGUGCUCAGAAAUCAAGCCAGAAUGUUGAAAAAACCCCAGGGGGUCUGUUAUGGUUUUUGCCAUGGAACAAUAACCAAUAUGUUUCUACUGCUACGUUUGUAAUGUCAGUUUAUUCCAAAUAUUUAUCUUCAAAAGGCGUGUCCCUCCACUGUGAUGAAACCGUUGUUACUCCUUCUGAUCUCACCUCUCUUGUCCGAUCUCAGGUGGACUACAUAUUGGGUUCUAACCCCAAAAAUAUGAGUUACAUGGUGGGAUAUGGGUCAAAUUAUCCGCAACAAAUUCAUCACAGAGGAGCAUCAAUAGUAUCAAUAAAAAAAGAUAGCGCACCAGUAACAUGUCAAGAAGGGUUUCAGGCGUGGUUCAAUAAGAACGCACCAAAUCCUAAUAUACAUGAAGGUGCAGUUGUGAGCCCAGAUCAAAAUGAUAAUUACCAAGAUAGUAGGAAUGAUUUCCAGCUUGCCGAGCCAACAACUGUUAGUGUUGCCCCUUUAGUGGGUGUUUUUGCUCAUUUAGCUUAA